AUGUCUUCUAGUGAAUCUUUCAAUAGUACUGAAGUAGAUGUAGAUAAAGUAGAUGAUGAGUUAGAUAAUAAAAUCAUACUCACUGGUAAAGAAAUACUAGAUACAGAGUUUGAAAAUUAUGAUAAAAACCUACUUUUAAUUGAUAUCCCAUUUGAGAUAAAAGUAGGUACACAGUUUCUUUUCAUGUUAGUUGCAGUUCAUUUUGUUGAACAAUAUGCUUAUCAAAAAUGGUUUGCUGUUUUUAAGCAUAAAAAUGAAAAAUUUAAGGACGGUAUUUAUAGAAAGAAGGUUCUUAAAUAUGAUUUAAGAGGAAAAUAUAGUGAGAAGUUGUCAAAGCCAGCACUAGACAAACAAAAAAACAAAGGAA